AUGGCGGCCCUGAAGAGCAACUGGUUGUUCCCCCAUCAGUUCUCAUCCCUCCAGUUCUGUCAACCAUCAAUCUAUAAUAGACCUCAGAACUCUAUGUCCAGUAGUUGCCUCCCCCAGAAACACCUGACUUACGGCUGCAAGCUGCAGAACGUCAUCUCUUGUGGGUAUCGACCACUGAACUUUGCGUCCAUCACCUGCCACCCUUUAAAAUAUCUCUCCUAUGACCGUCAACCUCUAGGUUAUGAGUCCAGCAGCUUCAGACCCCUGGACUUUGUAUCUAAUAGUGUUCAACCUGUUCCCUACAUACACGGCAGUUUCCAACCAGCUUUUUCUUCCUUUGGGACUUGGCAAUCUCCAUUUAUUAGAUGA